ACGUACACCUUUACUUUUCACCACCAUCUACACAGCAGCUUUUUCUUUCCUUCUCUCGAUAUUCAUUUAUCAUGGACGCAGUGUUGCGAGUCUCAGACGCUGUCAAAGCUUUUCGCGAAACCCGUCUCUCAGCAAUUCGCCCACCGAGCGAGUUUUUUGACUAUCACCGUAUAUCCAGGCCUGCAGACUUGAACCAGGCGACAUCUAGGGUGUCAUACAACACGCGGUACUUCUCAGGAAACUACGGGUUAAUCAUUGCUGUCCUGGCGGUGUAUGCACUCAUUAGCAAUCCUCUUCUACUUAUCGCGUUGGGUUUCCUUGUCGGAGGGUUUGCCGUAAUCAACAAGUGGGCUCCUGAACCUGUACAAUUUGGCGAGCAUACCGUGACCCAAAAGCACCUGUAUACAGGCCUGUUCGUUAUCGGCCUACCACUCCUCUGGCUCGCGUCGCCAGUAAUGACCUUUUUCUGGUUGGUUGGAGCUUCCGGGGUGUUGAUUCUUGGGCACGCUAGUUUCAUUGAGCCGGGUGUAGAGAGCGAGUACGCUGCAGUACAGGACACAGUGUAGCAGCUUUCGAAUCAGAAUGCAGGUUCUGUUAGACCGGUUUUUAUUUAU